AUGGCCCGCAAACCACACAACUUUCAGACCAGAAACUUCACAAUGGAGCCUAUUAUCGCAAUACUAGAUCAGGGAACCAUGUAUAUAGAAAUGAUCCACUCAAUGUCAGGAAUUCCAUGGUGGGGGUUUAUCCCGUUGCUUACUAUUGCACUCAGAUCAGUAAUUACUCUACCGUUGGCCAUAAUUCAGCGGAAAGGUUUCCAGAAGCAGAAUAGUUUUCGUCCCAUUAUCAACGCGCUAUCUCCUGUGUUGAAAAUCAAGCUUGCGGCCAAAGGUCAGGAGUCACAACUGGCCAGAAAGCUGAAUCCGAAUAAGUCGCCGCCAAUCAAGAGUGAAACAGAAGGUUUGACAGGUGAUAAAAUUAUGAUUCUAGCCUCCAAGGAAAAAUUCAGGAGGCAAAGAAAGAUUUUUAAGGAGAACGGUUGCCAAAGUUGGAAAUUUAUGUUAUUACCCGCAGUUCAGAUCCCCUUAUGGGUCUCCAUUUCAUACAUGCUUCGAACGUUAACUGGAUGGAGUGCUCUAGGAACAAGACCUAUCGAUCCUACACUCACAACAGAAGGACUUGGAUAUUUGACCGAUUUGGCUGUUAGUGAUCCAUACUUUGUACUUCCAGUUAUUCUAGGAAUCUUUGCAUUGGCCAAUGCGGAGUGGAAUUUUGCGACUGCUGACCUCAUGAAGUUAACUACUCGAGGUGUUCGGAAUUCGCUUAGACCCACUGCCUUUGAUAUGAUAAUGACCAUGUCUAGAGGUUCUAUUAUAUUUCUAAUGGCUAUGUCCACUCAGGCACCUGCUGCUUUAGUGCUAUAUUGGAUUAGCUCAAACUGUUUUUCUCUCUGUCAGAAUUUACUGAUGGAUAAGUUUAUUCCUGUGCGAUACACCCCUUACAGACGAUUCUACUCCACUAAAAGGCUUUCAAGAGGAGCAGUUGCGCUGAUUGAUUACUGA